AUGAAUGCUGGCUGUGGAGGUUCUACGACGGACACGCUUCGAUGGAAUAGAGGCUAUAUUGACUGGCACAUGUUUGGCGAAAGGACGGGAACAACAUCGCGUAGCAGCUUCUGUAUGGUUAGAACGGAUCGUCGUUCUCGUCUUUCGCUCCGCGGCCGGGCCACAAACUCUUUUGGUAUUCUGAGCAGUUCUACCAUUGAUGGCAAUCUCCGCUGUCGGUUGACCCGCUCUGUUUCUUCAACCACCAGUAGUUCACACAACCCUCGCGGCGCGGACGGUGGUGACGGUGGGUUGUGUACUUCAUGUGUUUGCGAGUGCUGCACCGUCGCUAAUCGCACACGUGCUUAUGUCGCUACGGCGGACUGUGCGCCGUAUCGCCAAAGUAUGGACAGCUCGUUACACCUCGGUACGGAUAGCCCCCCAGCUCGUUUCGUUAACCGAACUGGACUACCGGCAUCCUCUUCCGGGUUUUCGCCGUUCACAACGUCUGCCGGUUUACUUUACAGCACUCUUCCAACAAAUUUUGAUUUUUCCUGCACCGGAGCCAUGAAUGAUAUGUUGGACCAGCAACGGGCAUAUCAUUCCUCCAAAAUGAGACGCUCCUACGGAGCUGGUCUGAGUUCCAUAGAUGUAGAACCCAGCACGCAACCCCCGUCCACCAGCCGCGGAAGCUUUGGUAGUGUGCUCACAACGAGCAGUGACAAGCAUCACUGUUGCCCACACCACAAUCUACAUUCAACUCAAUCGUCAAACCAAAUGCGCCUCUAUCGACGACUGUACAGUCUGAUUGACCAUCCUUCUGUCAGCUUAUAUCAUUCCUGUCGCUCUCCAGCCUGCCCACAUUCUAUCACAUCCUCUAGCCGUUUCUCGGCCUCUCACCGGCAUUCGUUGUCAUUACGGCAUCGGCAUACGGUCACUCCAACUUCUCCGUUCUACACCGAUAACAUUCGUUUCCGAUCCAGUUUUAAUGGUGGCCUAUUUAGCGCAUCGUUUCAGCAGGACUGUCACCCUCCGGAUGUACUUGCCACCAACUCAGUUAUGCAGCCCAGCCCCAUUGUGUCAGCGUCCGCGGACCAGAGUGAUUGUGGGCAGCUAAGUGGGUUGGAACGAAUCCAUACACAACAUGGCCAUUCAGAAAUGUCCUCCCAUCUGUCAACAUUCGCAGCUGGUGAUAAUGAUGAGCAUUCCCACAACGUCAGUCAACCAUCUGUGCGAUGUCGUCGUAAUUCGGAUCCAGAGCGUUGGCAACAACUACGGACGGAAAACACAUCCAAACUGAAGGAGGUAUCGCGAUCUCGAGCAAAGGAAACGACACAAACUUCCUCUGUGCAGUAUAUUCCGUGUCACUCAACCCCCCUGGACAGACCCCAUCUGCAACCGACGUGCGCUGACAACAGUAACGGCGGAAGUAGACCCGCUUCCACUUUGCUAGACGGCUUAUCGUUGGGAUUUGGUUUCGGGGAUGGCCACAUAGUAUCCCGUCCACAGCAGUUCGGCACCUUCAAGUAUGUUUUACAGUUUUCUUCUGUAGAUAUACUACUGCAUCUUUUUCCCAUCUUUGUUGAGUACUCACAUUUGAAGGUCUUUAUAGUGUUGAUCAACAACCCGGCUCUUAUAAAAACAGUCCCCGAGAUUAAAUGUGAACCGGGCGAGAUGGCUCAGUGGUUAGAACGCGAAUUUACUGACCAGAAAAUCCGUCGUUCGAACCCAACCUCUGCCUCUCAACUUAUGCUGUCUAGGCUUGGAUAA